UUAGAAUUUUCAUUCAGUCAUUCAACAGCUAUACAUUCAUCGGUGUUGUAUUUUUGGUUUCCAAUAAAGAAUACUAAAACGGAAAAUUUUUCCACUCCUCCCAAAUAAAAAAUUGAUUGGAGCUGAAAGACUGAUCAAUUGAAAUGGGAACUUUGCAAGAACAACAAAGAAAAUUCGAUGAAUCCGUUGCAUACAUCGAAAAUCUUAGAACCUCGCAAGGACCCUAUGAUCUGAACAAACAAUUGGAACUGAAUCGCAAAUUGAAUGCUCUACUGAAUCAAGCGGCACACGGUGCGUUUAGACAUGCACCACCCGAAUCAAAAUCGGCGCUUGGCACGCGAGAAAAACAGCAAUGGGAGAGUCUCGGUAACAUUUCGCGCGUAGAAGCUAUGAGACAGUUUACAGUUAAGGCUCAGGAAAUCAAAGCCGAAGCUGAGUUAUUGGAACGAACACAUGGCGGCCAGUAAAUUUUUUGUUACGGAAUACGAAUGUGGUAAACUUAUUUUGGUAUAUAAAGAACAUUCAGUUAAUCAUUUUGCUUAAACCUGAAAAAUUUGAAUUGUAAACAAAAUAAACGUGAACUUUCGC